AUGACAGAACCACCGGCCAAAAAGGCUUGCCUCGGCGCCGACUGCGAAAAUCCAGCCGGAGACCUGCAAUGCCCUACCUGCCUCAAGCUUGGCAUCAAGGACAGCUUUUUCUGCUCCCAAGACUGCUUCAAAAGGAACUGGAAUGAGCACAAGGCCACCCACAAGACCGCCCAGGGCAAGCUCGCAAACGGUAUUCUCUCCAGCCUCAUGACUCCAAAGGUCGUUUCUGAACCAGAUCCAGCGACCGGCCACUUUAACCCUUUCCCCAACUUCAACUACACUGGGCCCCUCCGUCCCGUCUAUCCGCUCUCGCCCAUGCGCAAGGUUCCCAAGUCGAUAAAGCGCCCCGACUACGCUGAGACCGGAAUCCCCAAGAGCGAGCGUUUCCUCAACCGCAACAAGUUCGAUAUUCUGGACCAGGCUGGCCAGGAUGCUAUGCGUAAAGUCUGCCGCUUGGGUCGCGAGGUGCUCGACAUCAUUGCCGCAGAGGUCCGACCUGGUGUCACAACGGACUACCUCGACGAGGUGUGCCACAAAGCCACUAUCGAGAGAAAUUCCUACCCGUCGCCGCUCAACUACAACCACUUUCCCAAGUCCUUCUGCUCGUCAGUCAACGAAGUCAUCUGCCACGGCAUUCCCGACCAGCGUGUCUUGCUCGACGGCGACAUCAUCAACCUCGACGUCUCGAUAUAUCACGAGGGCUACCAUGCCGAUCUGAACGAGACAUACUACGUCGGCGACAAGGCGAAGGCGGAUCCAGACUCCGUCCGUGUGGUCGAGGCCGCACGCGAGUGCUUGGACGAGGCGGCCAAGCUGAUUAAGCCUGGAACCCUGAUCCGCGAGUUCGGCAAUGUCAUUGAGAAGCACGCCAAGACAAAAGACUGCAGCGUCAUCCGGACGUAUUGUGGCCACGGCGUCAACAGCCUUUUCCACUGCCCUCCAAAUGUCCCCCACUACGCCAAGAACAAAGCUGUGGGCGAGUGCAAGCCUGGCAUGACUUUCACCAUCGAGCCGAUGAUUGCGCUCGGCAAAUACCGGGAUGUGACCUGGCCAGACAACUGGACGAGCACGACCAUUGACGGCAAGAGGACAGCUCAGUUUGAACACACGUACCUUGUCACGGAGACGGGCGUCGAAGUCCUGACGGCGAGGUUGCCAACAUCACCCGGAGGACCUGUACCUAUGCCUGGGAUGGAGAAUGGAACGGCAGCGGCUUGA